AUGCCAAAGUAUAGUGACUAUACUACCCGACAUAAUGCCAUCAAUAAUGCCCUUAAGGCAAUUAAAAACUCACCAAGUGACUUAGCUCCAAGCACCAGAAGUAUCGCGCGAGAUUAUGGUCUUCCUGAAACCACCCUUCGACAUGCCAUCAAAAAUGAUGGUCCUUUCACUCGUCCGGGCUGUGCCAAAAUCUUAACUAACCAUGAGGAAAAACAGCUUACGAAAGGCCCUAUCCUUUUGAUGAAAAUGGACCAGGGCAAAAAAUGGUGGCAGCGCUUUAUGAAAGAUCAUCCGGAACUUUCAUUUCGUGUUCUACAAGCCCUAAAUGAAGCCCAUACACAAAGGGCAAACCCUAUUAUCAUUAAAGAUCACUUUGAGAAACUUCAGAAAAUCAUCCAAGAAUACUCACUUUCUGCUGACCGAAUUUGGAAUAUGGCUCCAAAAAGUUAUAGCAAAGAAAGGAGCAUGUCAGGUUCAUCAGGCAAACGAGUAAUCCCAGGUCUUCUGAAUGGCGCACCUGUUGGCUCUGUCAUGGGGUUCACUGAAACGGGAUACAUGCGAGAGAGCCUGUUUCAAAAAUACAUUGAACAUUUUGUUAGUUCAAUUCCACCUGCACACUCUGUUUUGUUAAUUCUGAACGGUCAUAAAAGUCAUAUCAACUAUCCUAGUGUCAACUAUUGCUAUGAGCACAACAUACUUCUUUAUGCGCUAUCUCCUCAUACUACUCACAUUUUACAGCCAUCCGAAUUACCAUUUGCUACACUAAAAAAAAUGUAUGAUAAUGAAUGUGAAAAGUUUCGAGUUAAUUAUGGGGGUAAGCUUGUGACAAAGCAUACGUUCGCUGAGGCAUUAGGGCCAGCCUAUAUUACAACCUAUACACCUACCGCUAUAUGUAAUACCUUCAAGUCUACUGAAAUUUGGCCAUUCAAUCCCAAUGCCAUUAGUCCAGAUCAUAAUUUGUGGGAUCCCAGUACUUUACAAGUUCAAGAACGAUCAGCUUUGUCUUCACAAUCUUCACAAUCUUCAGAGUUGAACUCAGGUUAUAUAUGCCCCAUCGAACUAGACCCUACAAAAGAACAACUAGCAUUAAAAGUCGAGUUGCUAAAAAAAAAGGUUGAAAUAUUAGAAGAAGAACUUGAAACCUUUAAAAGACCUAGUACAAGUUCUUUGAAGUUAGUGCUUAAAUAUCCCUUGCGACAUGAUUUGAAAUCGGCCAAAGAUCUGGAAGUUGACGAAGAGCAAUCCGAACCAAGGUUGCCAGAAAGAAAAAAAAGGAAGACUAUGCCCUUCUCUCAACUUCUUAUAAACGAAAAGUCCUUACAACAAUUGAAGGAGGCGGAGGAAGAAGCCGAAAAAGUAGCCAACGAAAAGCAAUGUAAAAAAGAAAUGGCCGCCCAAAAACGAAUCGCACGUGAGGCUGAAAAGGCACAAAAAAAAGAGGCCCGAAAGCAAAAAAAGGAUGAGAUGGAGCGUAUAAAGGCGGAAAAGCAAU